AUAUCUUAAUUACUGAUCCUACUAUCUCUCAUUGUUCAAUCAAAAUAUUCUCUCUCUCUCUAACCUGCAAAACUCUCUCUCACACACAUUCCUUCAUUCUGUGACUCUCAUAGCCUCAUGGCGAAGCCUCAGUUUCUUCUGUUUCUGCUACUCUUUUUCUUCCUCAUGUACCAGCAGUCCCUCCAACAGCAGCAGCAGCAGCAGCAAAUCAAUGCCGUCGAUCUCGCUGCCCUCCACGACAUCAGGAACAGUCUGAGAGAUCUCCCGCAUUCAGAUUUCUUCUCCACCUGGGACUUCGCUGCACCCAAUCCUUGCUCCACCUUCACUGGUCUCCUCUGCUCUCCUGACCCCUCCGCCAGCGCCAGCGCCACUCCUCUCCUCCGGGUAACCUCCCUCACUCUCGGCACCGGGCUGGCAGGAUCUUCCGGACUGAUGGGUUCAAUCUCUCCCGCUCUCUCCAACCUCACUGCUCUCACCCAGAUCAUCCUCUACGCCGGAAUUGUCUCCGGUUCAAUUCCUCCUCAACUCGGCACCUUAAAGAACCUCCGAGUCAUCUCCUUAACCAACAACCGCUUGUCCGGUCCGAUUCCGAGCAGUCUCUCAACCCUUCCAAACCUUCACACACUCGAUCUUAGUGGUAACCAACUCGGUGGUCCGGUUCCCGCGGGUCUCACUGGGUUACCCUCGCUAAGGGUUCUACUCCUGGAAUCCAAUCAACUCUCGGGCGAGUUUCCUAACGUGUCGACUCAGCUUCUCCACCUCGAUUUGAAAAACAACCGUUUCUCGGGAGUCCUUCCGUCACUGCCGUCGUCCCUCCGUUAUCUCUCCAUGUCUAAAAACGAGAUGUGGGGCCCACUAAACGUCCUAGAACCUCUAUCAGAGUUAGUGUACCUCGACCUGAGCAUGAACUGGUUCAGUGGGAGUAUCCCGGAGACACUGUUUCGUUCAACGCUCUCAUCAUUACUGCUCCAACGGAACAAUUUGUCUGGUGGGGUCCCCAAAACAAAGGCCGUUGAUGCAACAUCGUACGGUGAGGGAUCGACCGUGGACUUGAGCCAUAACCUUUUAUCAGGAGAGUUGUCACCGGUUUUGGCAGGCGUCGAGAUCUUGUUCUUGAAUAGCAACCGUUUGAUCGGGAUCGUACCGGAUGAGUACGUGCAGAGUGUCUUGGUGGGUAGCAUGAAAACACUAUACCUACAACACAAUUACCUCUCCGGGUUCCCUUUAGAAAGCGGGUCGCCAUUGCCGGACUCAGCUUCGCUUUGCUUGUCUUACAACUGUAUGAUUCCACCCGUCAGGACGAUGACCUGCCCUGCCAAUGCCGGUGGGCUGCUUUCGAGACCCGCUUAUCAGUGCCGGUUGGUCCACCUUGGCAAUGCCGAUUAAGGGGUGACUUCAUAAUUGAGAAGGGCUUCUCAAUUCUGGUGGAUGGAGACAAUAGGAUCUUAAAACUUGGGAUCGGAUCAACUGAUUUGAACCGGGUUUUGACCAAUACGGUGCUGUUAAUCUGUACUGCAUUUCUAGGGUUUCGGCCUAUUCUGACCAAUCCGGAUCCUGAUUCCAGUUUAUAAAACCCUGAUGUGGAUAUAUUUAAUAUUUGUAAUUUGUUGUGGGCAUUUUUUGGGUAAUGUUUGAAUCACUAUUGACAUAAGAAAGAGAAGAGGCAGGUUUCAGUGUAUAGAUAAACCAAAGAGAGUUGUUUUGGAGGUA